AUGGUGUCUUUCUCAUGCGAGGCCUGCGGCGACGUCCUUACCAAGAAGAAGCUCGAUCCGCAUCGCAACCAAUGUCGGGGAGCCUCAUUCACCUGCAUUGACUGCAUGGUGCAUUUCCAGGGGACCCAUUACAGAGCGCAUACAUCAUGCAUGUCUGAAGAGCAAAAAUACCAGGGCGCGCUUUAUAAAGAGAAGCCUCCCAAGGGUCAGCGGAAUGGGAAGAACAACAAUUCCAAGCAAAACGCCAAUCGCCAACCUCGAGUGGAAGAUGUGCCCGAUGAGAGUUCCAAUCCUACUCGCGCCCCCGUUCUCCCGCCUGCCCCGAGUCCCCCAGAGGGCAACACCCAGCCAGCAGCGACUGCCGCAGCGCCCACGAAGGACAACUCUUUCAACGUUUUUGACUACCUCGUGAACGAAAAGACUCCCAACGCCUCGCGCGUCUCGCUUGGUGGCUCGGUGGAGCAGAUGCAGAUGGUCGACCAUGCCCCCUCCUUGUUCCAGGCCAGCGCGGCGCUCACCCGAGUAGACUCGGGGAUUGACGAUGAGGACAAAGAUUACGAUGUCGCCUACGAGGAGAAUGGAUUCUCCUAUGGCGCGGGCCCCGUGAAGCCGUCUCUGUUCUCGAAGGAGGUGUCCAAUGUCUCGACGGAGUUCAUGACCCCUGCGCCCAAGAAGAGCAAGAAGAAGGAUCGGAGCCGCAAGGACAAGCAGGACUCCCCCGAACCCGGAGUGUCCGGCACGACGAGCGACAAGAAGCGCAAGCGCGGUCAUGCUGAUGACGCCGAGAUGAACCACGAGGACGAUACGCAGAUGAUGGAUGCGCCAUCCAGUGUGCUGAACCACGCCGGCACGCCACAUCUCAACCACUCGGGGCUCACCGGUGGGUUGGACCGCAUGCUGCGGUCCCCUUCCUUUGACGAGGAUUACGAGGACGGAAAUCACCGCGAAAACCGCGACCGUCGGCGGUUCCAGGAACCUUCCUCGCCCAUCAAGCGAACCCGUCGCAAUGAGAAGAAACACUCUACCAACGAUGGACUGGGCAUCUCGAUGAAGUCGCGUGCCGAGCGAGUUGUGUCCUCGAUGUUUGGCGGGGGCUCGGUCGUCUCCGGGAGCAGCAGUGGCGGUGGCAGCGAACCUGUCGCGCUCGUCCGCACCCGCCGCGGCUCCUCGGACAGCGACCAACAUCUCGAGGUACGCAAGCCCAAGAAGUCGCACAAGGUGCGCGGCACCGGCAACGGACAGGCAGCCGCUGCCGAUUCACGCCCGACAUCGAAGCGCAAGCCGAGUGCACAGGUGGACGUCGAGCGGCCGUCGCGCCGGCAGAAACAGGUCCUCGAGACGGCCUCGCGCGACUCGGACUCUGCCCUGCAUGGCGACGGCCGCCAGAUGGUCAUGUACCACCCUGCUUCUGCGUCCGAGGUCGCUUUGCAGCGUCAAUUCGCGGCUCACUUCUUCUCGCUUGUGACCAAAGGCCCCGAGAGUACUCGAGGCCUGUCGAUGAAUAAAGUCCUGAAGCGGUUCCACCGGGAGCUCUCGGCUGGCCCUGAUGGCGAACCUGACGCGCACCUCGUAGAUUACGAACGCGAGCGUGGUCGCGGGCAUGGGCGCGGCGGUGACCGGGAAGACCGUGACCGUUGGUAUGACGAUGAGAAGGAACUGUGGCGGGCGUUGCGGCUGAAGCGGAACGAGCGUGGAGAGAUUGUUCUCUUCAUGUAG